AUGGACCCAAUCCGAUUUCCUCCCGAUAACGAUGAACCACCAUGGACAAAGGACAUUAUCAGUGGUAACUUUGAUCGCAUGGAUAAAGAAGAGUUAAAGCAAUGGUUCUCCAUUCGUCCAAUUCAACUAGCAAAUUUUCUUAAAAAUUAUCAUGAUGCUCGUCAAUGCGAUGACCCAUUGAAAGAUGGCUUUGUUUUUCCUUCUCGAUAUCUCCGUAGACACAAAAGUUGCACCAAGUCAUUGAAUGAUUCCAGUUAUGCAUCCGAUGAUUGUUUGGAAGAAAUCGAGUAUCCAAGUCCCCUGGCAUUUCUUGGCGAGCUAUUCAAACCCAAAUGUGCCAGUAUUUUUGAUGCUACAACACAGAACGAAAGCUUAAUGCAUGCAAAUUCUUUUGACCAGUCGCUGCAUUCUCAAAACAUAUCCAAUUCAAUAACGGGCAGUUGCGACGCUUUUGACAAAAAAGGCCUAUCUACAUCCUCGAGUGUAUCCAUUACUGGGAACAGCAUAACAGCAGAACCCGAAGGUGAUGAUACAAGCCAGGUGCCUAUAGUCCAGCCCAAUCCUCUUCGUAGACAGAGCCUUAAAGAUAUAGUUCGACUACCUCCUACACGAGCACAAUCCCGCAUUACUUUUGGAUGGACUGAUGCUCCAGCUCAAUCGCCAGAAACAGACUCCACGUCGUCUGAAAACAAUGCUUCCUAUACUCCUCAAUCGCUACCAGCAAUUCCGCCCAUGAAAAAGCGAAUCAUGAAUACUGCAUUUGAUUCUAUAGUCACUAAACAUAUAUCAGACUUUCUCGAUCUUGCCAAAACGAUCAAGACCCAAGUAACUGAAGAGGAGUAUACUUUACUCUUGGAAUCUAUCCAUCCAUCGUUUACUACCUCUGUACCCGCACAAUCUCUUGAUAAUAGUGAUACAGAAAGCACAGAUAGCGCAGAAAGCACGGAUAGUAACGAUGAUAUCUUUUUACUAGCCGAUCCAACUGAUGAAUUCUCCCACGCCGAUUCUUCUGAACUGAAUUUAUUACCGCAUCAAGAACCUCCUAAACUGCGGGAAAUCACUCGUGGCGAGAUUCGUCGACUUUUACUCGAAAAGGAAGAACGUAUCGAUAAAGAAGCUGAGCGACGAGAAUACACUACAAGAAUCCCCUGCAACAUUCCACUCAAGUCGUUUUGGGAAGUACUUUCACUCCCGCAUACUGAACCAGUGUGGACUUUCCGAGUAGAGAGAGAUUUGAGUUCGGUCAGAAUUCCUUAUCUUUAUGCCGAGUGA